UGGUGGUUUUGAUGUGUGACAAAGAGCAAUACAAAAGAUCUUGUGUGCAUAAAUCAAACAUAGUUUGAUCAGUCUUAUAGUUUUGAUCACUCUUAGUAUUAAGAGCAAGCAAAAUGCUACGAUUUAUCAUCCUUGUCACCCUGCUGGUAUCCUCAGCGUGCGCUCUUCAAUGGAAAAUCUACCGAGAAGAAUUGAUUGGAAAUGAAGAAAGUUCUGAUGAAGUCAUUGUCAAAAUGAACCAAGGGCUUCCUGGAGUAUGCUGGGUCUGCAAGUGGGCUAUGAAGAAGGUGAAGAAAAAGAUCUCCAAUGGUACAACUGCGGAUGACAUUAAAAAUAAGCUAACAAGGGUCUGUGAUUGGAUUGGGUUCCUAAAAAUUAUGUGUAAGAGUUUGGUAAACAAGUACGUAGGCACUCUGGUCGAAGAACUUUCAACGUCUGACAACCCAGCAACCAUCUGUAUUAACAUUGGCGUUUGCAAGAAGAAAACUUGAAUGUGUAAUGUUUUAAACUCUCAGUGUUGAAAAUAUGAAUUCUUCGAUAAACUGUAAAGCAUUUAUGUGAGUGUUUGAUCAAUGUUUCAGUUAACCAGCAUUACUUUUAUUAUGAUGCUUUGUAAUGUGACAGAGAUUACAACUGAUUAAAUUUGCUUAAGGCUUAAAAAAAAUGAAAGUGUUAUUUGAGUUCUGCAUCAUUUUUAACAUUCACACAUUGCUGAUUUGUAGAAUAGAUCUCUCAUUAUAAUAAAGCUGAUGCACGUUUAUCACA